AGUAGCGCGACGGUCGUCGUUGGGAUAGCAUUACUUUGCAGUUUUUCUCCGACAUCCUUUGCGAAAGAUGUCCGUGCAGCAAAAACUUCGCUCCGUCGUCUCUGGAUUGAAGAAUGUUCUGGAUAAUAUUAAAGCCGUUGUAACGGAUGUUAAAACUCUUAUCAAAAGAAUAGAUUCCGUUACAUCGAAAAUAGACGCAUGCGAAAUAGAAGAUGUUGUCCCGAAGAAACAUUCUUGGGCCUCACUCUCAUCUCCUAGGGAUUCGGGUCGAUUCUCAGCCGAGGAUAGCUUUGAUAGCGUUGAUGACAACUAUGACGGCGUUUAUGAAAAAGAAUUAGACGAUGUACUGGAAAAAGAUGCGGGCGAUUUUUCCGAUGCCUUAGAGAAAUUGGAGGCCUCGGGGAGGAGAGAUUCCGAGAUUAACGAAUGGAUAGUGUUAACGUUCGAUCAUAGGCCGACCAAACCUUUCUCUAAUCCUCUCACGCCUUGUUCGUCGUUUGAGUCUGGAUUAUCAAGAUUAUCGGUUAAUCUAACUGACGAUUUGGAUAUAUGUUUUUGAUACUACCGCCUAUAUAUUUUACUAGGAUUGUUAUUGGUGUAUAUAAAAAGAAACAUGUCAUUGCACUGCAUUAUACUGCAAAAUAAUACUAAAAAGAAAUAGCCUACUUUUACAUCAACAUCUGUACAUAUUGGAAGUUUUACUGCACAAUUUAUCAACAUCUAUUAUUGUUUAUUAUAUCGUUUAUAUUAAAUAUUAUACGAAUGAAGUUGUUGAAUAAAUAAUCCAGUAUUACAAAGCUAUUUUGUCAUAUUUCUAUGACAGAAUAAAAACAUAAAAAUUAUUAAAUACCGUAUAUUCCAAAUCAAAACGGUAAUUUGCCGCCAAUUCUUUACAAAACAAAAAAUAAAUAUUGCUAUUGAUUAGCAAGAUAUUUA